AUGCAAAGUCGUAAGCAUUAUACCGACUGUGAGAAACGAUUAUUCUUGCAUAUUCUCAAAAAAUUUUCGCGAACAAUUGAAACGAAGAAAAGUGACAAUAGCACGUUACAAAGAAAAGAAGAAGCGUGGCGAUUGAUUCAUUCUGAAUAUAACUUGAGCUCAGUUAUAUCGUGCGAGAGAAGCAUUGCGCAGUUGAAAAAGUUUUGGAGUAAUUUAAAAGCGCAACAAAGGGACGUGCUGACAAAGGAACGCCAGCACGUACUGAGAACUGGAGGAGGACCACCGUUGAAUUCAACGGUGGAACCAGAUCCAGAAAUUGCAGCAUUAACACCGGAGCUUAUGUAUACAGCGCCUGUGCUGUAUACAUCAAAUAAUGUGGAGGACAGCAUUAUUAAUAAUUAUGAUAUUGAUACGGAAGAGAUGGAGGACAGGACCGAAUCAUACUAUCCAUCCAUACAAGCCAUCACGGAACCAGCCCAUGCAUCCAUACCAGCCAUCACGGAACCAGCUGUGACCGACGAAACUUUUGAAACAAUCUCGGAAUUUGAAACAGAAAAUGACACUGCUGUUGUGGAAACGGUAUGCAGAAAAGAAACCCAUAAAAAUGAACUAUAUAACUUAAAAAUAGAACGGAUGAGGCUGAAAGUACAGCAAGAGAAACUAAAGGUUUCUUAUUUGCGGCAGAAGUACGAAAAGAAAUUGAAAAUACUCGAUAAAAAACUGAAGGCCGCCGAACACACAACAUGA